AUGAGUCACAGAGGAAUGGACCGCGACGACGAAGACGACGAGGAUUACGAAGAGCAGGGCGUUGAUUUCGACGAAGAGGAGGCGGAUGAGGAAGAGGAGGAAAGAGGCGCUGGAAAGAAGCGGAGGAGAUCUAGCUAUAUCGAUGAUGAUGCGGACGAGGUUGAUGAAGACGAGGAGGAAGAGGAUGAUGGAGAUGAUGAUUACGAUGGCGGCGGAAAAGCUAGCAGCCGGAAGCGGCAGUACAAGAAAGUUUCUGCUUCGAAUUUCUUUGAUGAAGAGGCUGAGGUUGAUACGGAUGAUGAAGAGGAGGAAGAAGAAGGAGAAGACGAUUUCAUUGUUCAGCCUGAAAAUGAUCUGCCAGAGGAUGACGAUAAUAGAGGGAGGCCCCGGCACAGACUGCCACCCCACCAAGAAGAACAUGAAGAUCUUGAAGCAGUAGCAAGGAGCAUUCAAGAGAGAUAUGGUAAGCAUCGGAUGGCAGAAUAUGAAGAAGAAACUACCGAUGUAGAACAACAAGCACUUCUGCCGUCUGUGAGAGACCCAAAGCUGUGGAUGGUCAAAUGUGCGAUUGGCCGCGAGCGUGAAACAGCUGUUUGCCUCAUGCAAAAGUACAUAGAUAAGGGAUCUGAAUUGCAAAUUAGAUCAGCUAUUGCACUUGAUCAUCUUAAAAACUAUAUAUAUGUGGAGGCAGAUAAAGAAGCUCAUGUUAGAGAGGCUUGUAAAGGUCUUCGAAAUAUAUUUGGACAAAAAAUAACACUUGUCCCAAUAAGAGAAAUGACCGAUGUGCUAUCAGUUGAAAGCAAAGUUAUUGAUCUUGCUAGAGAUACAUGGGUUAGAAUGAAGAUAGGCACUUAUAAGGGGGACCUCGCCAAAGUUGUGGAUGUUGAUAAUGUGCGACAGAGGGUUACUGUGAAACUAAUUCCGAGAAUAGACUUACAGGCUCUCGCAAACAAGUUGGAAGGUAGAGAGGUUGUGAAAAAGAAGGCAUUUGUUCCCCCUCCUCGUUUUAUGAAUGUUGAUGAAGCUAGGGAACUGCAUAUCCGUGUGGAGCAUAGGCGUGAUGCCUAUGGGGAACGGUUUGAUGCCAUUGGUGGCAUGAUGUUCAAAGAUGGGUUCUUAUACAAAACUGUAUCUAUUAAAUCCCUCAGUGCCCAGAACAUCAAUCCUACGUUUGAUGAGCUUGAAAAGUUUCGUAAACCAGGCGAGAAUGGAGAUGUAGCCAGUUUGUCAACUCUGUUUGCAAACAGAAAGAAAGGACAUUUCAUGAAGGGUGAUGCUGUUAUUGUUGUCAAGGGUGAUUUGAAGAAUUUGAAGGGAUGGGUGGAGAAAGUGGAUGAGGACAAUGUUCAUAUAAGGCCAGAAAUAAAGGGUCUUCCUAAAACUCUUGCAGUAAAUGAAAAGGAACUUGUUAAAUAUUUUGAACCUGGAAACCAUGUUAAAGUUGUUUCUGGUGCUCAAGAGGGUGCGACUGGCAUGGUUGUAAAGGUGGAGCAGCAUGUUCUGAUCUUAAUAUCUGAUACCACAAAGGAGCAUAUCCGUGUGUUUGCAGAUGAUGUUGUAGAGAGUUCGGAAGUAACCACCGGCGUGACUAGAAUUGGGGACUAUGAACUUCGUGAUCUUGUAUUGCUAGAUAAUUUGAGUUUUGGUGUGAUAAUCCGUGUAGAGAGCGAAGCAUUUCAGGUUCUUAAGGGGGUCCCUGACAGACCUGAAGUUGUGCUUGUUAAAUUAAGAGAGAUCAAGUGUAAGAUAGAGAAGAAAAUAAAUGUGCAAGACAGGUUUAAAAAUACAAUAUCAUCAAAAGAUGUUGUGAAGAUAGUUGAUGGUCCCUGUAGAGGCAAACAAGGUCCUGUGGAGCACAUAUACAGAGGGAUCUUGUUCAUCUUUGAUCGCCAUCAUCUUGAACAUGCGGGCUUUAUAUGUGUUAAGGCCCACUCAUGUGUAGUUGUUGGAGGUUCUCGCUCCAACGGUGACAGAAAUGGUGAUGCGUAUGGAAGAUUCUCCGGUUUUAAAAAUCCACCUCGCAUUCCACAGUCCCCAAAGAGGUUUUCUCGAGGAGGGCAUCCGUCUGACUCUGGAGGGAGGCAUAGGGGUGGUGGAAGGGGGCAUGAUGGUUUGACUGGUGCAACUGUUAAAGUACGCAUGGGUUCGUAUAAAGGUUAUCGUGGACGUGUUAUAGAAGUUAAAGGAACAUCUGUCCGGGUUGAAUUGGAGUCCCAGAUGAAGGUUGUAACAGUUGAUCGCAAUCAUAUAACUGACAAUGUGGCUGUUACCCCACAACGUGAAACAUCUCGAUAUGGGAUGGGAAGUGAAACCCCAAUGCAUCCAUCUCGAACUCCUUUGCAUCCAUAUAUGACUCCGAUGAGAGAUCCCGGAGCAACUCCAAUUCAUGAUGGAAUGAGGACACCUAUGCGUGAUCGUGCUUGGAAUCCUUAUGCACCAAUGAGUCCUGCUAGGGAUAACUGGGAAGAUGGAAAUCCAGGCUCUUGGGGAGCCAGUCCACAGUACCAGCCAGGAAGCCCUCCUUCCCGACCAUAUGAAGCCCCAACUCCUGGUGCUGGUUGGGCUAAUACUCCUGGUGGCAAUUAUAGUGAGGCUGGAACCCCACGGGACAGUUCUGCCUACGCGAAUGCUCCUAGCCCAUAUUUACCAUCAACACCAGGUGGGCAGCCUAUGACACCAAAUUCCGCGUCUUAUCUUCCUGGCACCCCCGGAGGACAGCCUAUGACUCCCGGAACUGGCGGUCUAGACAUGAUGUCUCCGGUAUUAGGUGGGGACAAUGAAGGGCCUUGUCUUAUGCCAGACAUAUUGGUCAACGUACACAGGGCUGGAGAAGAAUCUGUUGGAGUUAUAAAAGAAGUUCUUCCGGAUGGUUCUUAUAAGGUAGCUCUUGGGUCUAGUGGAAAUGGUGAAACCAUUUUUGUUGCUUAUAAAUGUGUCCUAAGGGAUGGUUCUUAUAAGGUAGCUCUUGGGUCUAGUGGAAAUGGUGAAACAUUAACUGCCCUUCCUGCUGAAAUGGAGGCUGUAAUUCCAAGAAAAUCUGAUAAGAUAAAGAUAAUGGGAGGGGCGUUGCGGGGUUCCACUGGCAAGUUGAUCGGUGUGGAUGGCACUGAUGGCAUUGUUAGAGUAGAUGAUACAUUGGAUGUGAAGAUUUUAGACUUGGUUAUUUUGGCAAAAUUAGCUUGA